GGCGGCGCUCAGUGUGAGGGACCCGGACCGAGGAGCACCAGAGGAGGCUCAGUGUGAGGGACCCGGACCGAGGAGCACCAGAGGAGGCUCAGUGUGAGGGACCCGGACCGAGGAGCACCAGAAGAGGCUCAGUGUGAGGGACCCGGACCGAGGAGCACCAGAGGAGGCUCAGUGUGAGGGACCCGGACCGAGGAGCACCAGAAGAGGCUCAGUGUGAGGGACCCGGACCGAGGAGCACCAGAAGAGGCUCAGUGUGAGGGACCCGGACCGAGGAGCACCAGAGGAGGCUCAGUGUGAGGGACCCGGACCGAGGAGCACCAGAGGAGCUGCGGACCCCUUCAGAGGAAGAGCUUCAGACUCCAGGAGGAGGCGUGGUGACCUGCCGGCCCGCUGACGGAGCUCCUCUGGAGUCGGACCUCCAUCUUGUGUCUCUUGUUUCCACAGGACGCCCACGUGCUGCAGCAGCAUUCCAGUUUCCCCUGAAGAGGAAUUUGCCACCCCGCUGUGACCACAGGGAUGAACGAGGGCCGCUCGGCUCUCCUCAGACGGUGCCACCUCGCUCUGUCCAGGGCUGACCCCUCCGGUUCUGCGGACUCUGGGGACGGCGCGGCGGCGCGGCCGGAGAGCGAUGCCGGCCUCGCGCUGUCGGAGCUCCCCCGGCUGUUUGAGAACGAGGACGGAGCCCCGUCGACUCGGGACGACGGUCCCGAUUCGGCCCCGGAGCCGGUUCCGCCCGGCCAGCCGGCUGAGAGCAGGCAGAACCUGCGGAUGAAGUUCCAGGGUGCGUUCAUGAAGGGCAUUUCCACCCCGAUGGACCUCUUGGAGUCCACCAUGUACGAGUCCAACGGGGCUCCGGGGGCCAAGAAGGCCCCCAUGGACUCGCUCUUUGACUACGGGACCUGCAGGAACACCAGCAACCAGAAGCGGCGCCGGAAGAAGCUCCCGAGAGGUAAAACGGAGACGUCCUGUGAUGAAGGUCCCAGCUCGGAGCUGCCGAAGGUGAUGAAGGUCUUCAACCGCGCGCUCCUCUUCGACUGCGUGUCGCGGGCGGACCCCGAGGCCCUGGAGGGCCUGCUGGAGUACCUGCACAGUCACGGGAAGAGGUUGACUGACGAGGAGUUCAAAGAACUGUCCACGGGGAAGACCUGCCUGCCCAAAGCGCUGCUGAACCUGUACGGCGGGCAGAACGCCACCGUGCCUCUGCUGCUGCACGCCGCCCAGCAGACCGGGAACCUGCGGGAGUUCAUCAACACGCCCUUCAGGGACGUCUACUACCGAGGCCAGACGGCGCUGCACAUCGCCAUCGAGCGCCGCUGUAAGCCGUACGUGGAGCUCCUGGUGGAGCAGGGAGCGGACGUCCACGCCCAGGCGAGGGGACGCUUCUUCCAGCCCAGGGACGAGGGCGGCUACUUCUAUUUCGGUGAGCUGCCUCUCUCUCUGGCUGCAUGCACCAACCAGCCGGACAUCGUGCACUACCUGACUGAGAAUCCUCACAAGAAGGCCGACCUGCGGCGCCAGGAUUCUCGUGGGAACACGGUGCUGCACGCUCUGGUGCACAUCGCGGACAACACCAAGGACAACACGCGCUUCCUCACCAAGAUGUACGACCUGCUGCUCAUCAAGAGCGCCAAGCUCUACCCGGACUGCCACCUGGAGACGGUGCUCAACAGCGACGGCAUGUCGCCCCUCAUGAUGGCCGCCAAACUGGGCAAGAUCGGGGUCUUUCAGCACAUCAUCCGCCGUGAGAUCAAAGAUGAAGACGUUCGCCAUCUGUCCCGUAAGUUCAAGGACUGGGCGUACGGGCCGGUGUACUCCUCCCUCUACGACCUGUCGUCUCUGGACCCCUGUGGAGAGGAGCCGUCGGUGCUGGAGAUCCUGGUGUACAACAGCCGCAACGAGAACCGCCAUGAGAUGCUGGCCGUGGAGCCCAUCAACGAGCUGCUGAGGGCCAAGUGGCAGAAGUUUGCGGCCGUCACCUUCUACAUCAGCGUGGUCUCCUACCUCGUCACCAUGACCGUCUUCACCCUGGUGGCGUACCACCACCCGACGCAGGGCGCGCCUCCGUACCCUUACACCACGUCCUCUGACUACCUGCGCAUGGCGGGAGAGAUUCUCACCUUGGCUUCAGGAAUCUUCUUCUUCCUCACCAACGUUAAGGACCUCUUUCUGAAGAAGUGCCCCGGGGUGAAGUCCUUGUUCAUGGAUGGAUCCUUUCAACUGCUGUACUUCGUGUACUCUGUCCUCAUCGUGGUCACGGCGGUCCUCUACCUGUGGGGCAACCAGGCCUAUGUGUGUGUGAUGGCGUUUGCGCUGGUGCUGGGCUGGAUGAACACGCUGUACUUCACCAGAGGCCUGAAGCUCACGGGCACCUACAGCAUCAUGAUCCAGAAGAUUCUGUUCAAAGACCUGUUCAGGUUCCUGCUGGUGUACGUGCUCUUCAUGAUUGGAUAUGCCUCAGCGCUGGUGUCCCUGCUGACCGUGUGCCCCCCGCCGGGCACAGAGUGUGAGGGGGGCUGUCCCACCUACCCCAGCUGCAGGGACCCGGAUACCUUCAGCGCUUUCCUCCUGGACCUCUUCAAGCUGACCAUCGGGAUGGGAGAGCUGGACAUGAUCCACGGCGCUCGGUAUCCUGCAGUCUUCCUCAUCCUGCUGGUCACCUACAUCAUCCUCACCUUCGUGCUGCUGCUCAACAUGCUGAUCGCGCUGAUGGGGGAGACGGUGGGACAGGUGUCCAAGGAGAGCAAAAAGAUCUGGAAGCUUCAGUGGGCGACGACGAUCCUGGACAUCGAGCGCUCGUUUCCUGUCUGCCUCCGCAAGUCUUUCAGAGCCGGAGAGAUGGUGACUGUGGGGAAGAGCCGGGACGGAACACCUGACCGGCGCUGGUGCUUCAGGGUGGACGAGGUGAACUGGUGCCACUGGAAUCAGAACUUGGCAAUGAUCAACGAGGAUCCGGGCAAGAACGAGACGUGCCAAGCCAGCGGGCUGCAGCCGGCUGUCAGAGGCCUGCGGAGAGACCGCUGGUCCACGGUGGUCCCGCGGGUGGUGGAGGCGAGUAAGGGUCCGCGGCCUCGUGACCUGGCGAUCGAGAUGGAGCCGCUGGCGCCCAAAUACUGAGGACUCGCAGCGGGGCGGCGCCGGGGGGGGGGGGGUCUUCUCACGGAGCGUUGGGCUCAUCACUGGCAUGAUCUGCUCAGGUUGGACAUUUUGUUCAGAACAAGUAUCGUAAACAUGCCGGGCAGCCGGUCGUGUGACGGAGACACGGACACACCGGAUGGACCGUCUGAAAACACAUGAAGUUAAACCAACAUGAGAUUCAUUUAAAGGGAGCUGAAAGGAGUUUUAAUAACAUGUCACAAAGGAAGAGACUUGAUCAGAAACUGCAGCGCCGUGUCAGACAUCAGGGAUUCUAGAGAGUCCAAAUGCGUGGUCGUCCGGUCUCCUCGUCUCCUCGUCUCCUCGUCUCCUCGUCUCCUCGUGCGUUCCAAGAGGAGAGGCGGCGUUCGCGUGUUCUCGCAUGAGCAGUGGAGCCAAAGCGUGGACGCCAUUCACAGAGGAGGCCCCGCCUCCAGGACCCAAGCAGCACAAUGAACACGUUGUUCGGCUUCGAGGAGAUCAGUUCGCUUUUACUUCCUUGUUUUACAUGUCAGAGGUCCCUAUAUGAGAUGAUAUUGUGUAUUUGGUCGUUUGUAUUCUUGUUCAUUGAUCAGAUGACGGUUCAGUGCAGAGAAACAGGACCGUGUGUUUCAUAAAGUCUCCUCCUGAAUCCGU